CAUCGAGCAGGCAACAACUAGCCGAAAAAGAAAGAAAUUUGUUAAAUAUUUUUUAAAAAUACGUAAUAUAACCACAUCAAAAAUGGAAUACACCAGCAAGACCCAGAUCUACCAGAAGGUUAAGAAGCCUCUGCUGGAACGCCAGCGACGUGCCCGCAUGAACAAGUGCCUGGACAACCUGAAAACACUUGUCGCCGAACUCCGAGGUGAUGAUGGCAUCCUGCGAAUGGACAAGGCCGAGAUGCUCGAAUCAGCGGUGAUCUUCAUGCGCCAGCAGAAAACCCAAAAGAAAGUGGUUCAGGAAGAGCGAUCCCUCCCCUUGGACAGCUUCAAGAAUGGCUACAUGAACGCCGUUAACGAGGUGUCACGUGUCAUGGCCUCCACACCUGGCAUGAGCGUCGACCUGGGAAAAUCGGUGAUGACUCACCUCGGUCGCAUCUACAAGAACCUGCAGCAAUUCCACGAAGCCCAGACCGCCAACGAGUCCCUCCAGAUCUCGAUGGACUGCUCUUCAAUGGACAAGGCACCCCUCAGCCCCGCCUCCUCUGGAUAUCACAGCGACUGCGACAGCCCCGCCCCCUCACCACAGCCUAUGCAACAGCCCCUGUGGCGCCCCUGGUAAAAUGGGGUUAGUAGUGGUAGGAAGGUGAUAGUGGACUGGGAGUACCAACCAACAACGCAUCUGUGAUAGCCCAACUGUGAUGGCAACAAAAUAGCAAAAUGAAAAACAAUUAGCAAAGCAAUAAAAACAAAUAUAAACCAAUUUAAAA